AUGGGUCCGAGCCCCAUGGGCCCCAUCGGCCCCAUCGAAGUGCCAGGUCCCCCUGCCAUGGGCGAAUAUGCUAGAAUCGAGCUGGCUUUGGACCGAAUUUCACAGCAGGUGGAUGCCUGUCUGGAGCAGCUGCUGCAUGGUUCCGGAAGUGGCCCGAACUCUGAGCAUGUUCCGAGGGAGAAUCAUGUGCUGAAAGGAGAGCCGUUGUUUGCAGUGGUCCCAGAUGCUUGUGCCGCUCCUCCAAGUGGUACAGCUGAGUCAACCCCUCUUCGACAUCAGGUGGUCAGCUUCGGUACUGGAAGUCGGCAGGGCACCGCCGCCUGGUGUGAUGACAUGUCCGAAGUGGAGGAGCGUCCUCCCGAUGCAGCACCGCAGCCACGGAGACACGUCCAUAAGGCUCGCACCGCGGACCUUAAGAUGGCAACGGAGAUCUUUGGCGGCAAGGAUGAGGCAGCAGCAUCAAAGCCGAUGAUGCGCUUGCUGUACCGCAGCCGCUGUGAUGACAUCUGGGAGCUGCUCGAUGACCCCGAGUCCAGCAGAGCUGCGCGAUGUAUUUCACAGACGCUCAAGGUUGUUGUCAUCCUCAGCAUUCUCGUGACCAACCUGCAGGUUAUGCAGGAGCCUCUGCUGCAGGGGAUCUUGGCAGCAGGUCUGGAGACAACCUUUGACGUCAUCUUCCUUAUAGAGUUUCUGUGCCGAAUUCUCUCCGCUCCAUCAAAGAGGGAGUAUGUCAAAGAUCCGUUCAACUGGGCGGACAUGCUUUCAGCGUUUGGGUUCCCCUUGAGAUUGAGCAUCGGCUUUGUUCUCGAAGUCCACCCUCACCACGGGGGCGAUCCCGUCCAGGUUAUCCUCCUGCUCGCGCUGCCUAUUGUACGCCUUCUCAAACUCCUUCGAUACUUCGAAACUUUCAGGCUGUUGAUCGAUGCCUUUAAGAACUCGCUGGAAGCCCUUCCAGUGCUAAUGUACACGCUCGCUCUGAUUGUGAUGUUUGCAUCGACGUUGCUGUACCUGAUUGAGACGAGGACUGCCAUCCCUAGUUUGCAGCAUGCCCUAUGGCUAUGUGUGGUGACUAUGACCACUGUCGGCUAUGGUGACUACGUUCCAUAUACGGCUGGAGGCUACAUGGUUGUGUCCAUGCUCGUGAUCGUCAGCGUUCUUUUUGUUGCCAUGCCCGUGGGAAUCAUCGGCCACGAGUUCACAAGUUGCUGGCAGACUCGUGACCGUGUCCUUUGCAUCAACAGGGCUCGGCAAGCUAUGGUCAAGUGGGGGUACAGUGCAGGUGAUGUGAAAGUAUUGUUCGAGUACGUCGACAUGGACCAUGAUGGAAACUUAGACCUCCUCGAGUUCAUCGAGCUAAUCCGGCAAAUGCGCGUUGGCUUGAGUGUCGAGCGGUCCAUUGGGCUCUUUAUGCUGUUUGAUGACAAUCAAAAUGGAAGCAUCAAUUACAUGGAGUUCAUGAGACACGUUUUCCCCCAAGAGUUCGUCGAGGAGGCCAAGAAGGAUGUACAGCAGUUCCGGUCCAGCGAGAAGGUGCAGGACGCCUUGGAGGCGCUGACUGCCACAAAAGGAGACGGUGACAUGAAGCCACCUGGAGAAGGCCAGAGCUCCGAGUGA